AUGUUACUACACAGCAUCUCCAUAACAUCUCCCCAACAGCUCCCCAAUAUCUACACAACAUCUCCACAACAGCUCCACAACAUCUCCACAACAGCUCCACAACAGCUCCCUAACAUCUACACAACAUCUCCACAACAGCUCCACAACAUCUCCACAACAGCUCCACAAAAUCUACACAACAGCUCCACAACAUCUACACAACAGCUCCACAACAGCUCCCCAACAUGUACACAACAUCUCCAAAACAUCUCCCCAACAUCUACACAACAUCUACACAACAGCUUCCCAACAUCUCCACAACAUCUCCAAAACAGCUCCACAUUAUCUCCACAACAGCUCCACAACAGCUCCACAUUAUCUCCACAACAUCUCCCUAACAGCUCCACAUUAUCUCCACAACAUCUCCUCAACAGCUCCACAUUAUCUCCACAACAUCUCCACAACAGCUCCACAUUAUCUCCACAACAUCUCCACAACAGCUCCACAUUAUCUCCACAACAUCUCCACAACAGCUCCACAUUAUCUCCACAACAUCUCCACAACAUCUCCCCAACAGCUCCACAUUAUCUCCACAACAUCUCCACAACAGCUCCACAUUAUCUCCACAACAUCUCCACAACAUCUCCACAACAGCUCCACAUUAUCUCCACAACAUCUCCACAACAGCUCCACAUUAUCUCCACAACAUCUCCACAACAUCUCCCCAACAGCUCCACAUUAUCUCCACAACAUCUCCACAACAUCUCCACAUUAUCUCCACAACAUCUCCACAUUAUCUCCACAACAGCUCCACAUUAUCUCCACAACAUCUCCACAACAGCUCCCCAACAUCUACACAACAUCUCCACAACAGCUCCACAACAUCUCCACAACAUCUCCACAACAGCUCCCCAACAUCUACACAACAUCUCCACAACAGCUCCACAACAUCUCCACAACAGCUCCACAAAAUCUACACAACAGCUCCACAACAUCUACACAACAGCUCCACAACAGCUCCCCAACAUGUACACAACAUCUCCAAAACAUCUCCCCAACAUCUACACAACAUCUACACAACAGCUCCCCAACAUCUCCACAACAUCUCCCCAACAGCUCCACAUUAUCUCCACAACAUCUCCACAACAGCUCCACAUUAUCUCCACAACAUCUCCCCAACAGCUCCACAUUAUCUCCACAACAUCUCCUCAACAGCUCCACAUUAUCUCCACAACAUCUCCACAACAUCUCCACAACAGCUCCACAUUAUCUCCACAACAUCUCCACAACAGCUCCACAUUAUCUCCACAACAUCUCCACAACAGCUCCACAUUAUCUCCACAACAUCUCUACAACAGCUCCACAUUAUCUCCACAACAUCUCCACAACAGCUCCACAUUAUCUCCACAACAUCUCCACAACAUCUCCCCAACAGCUCCACAUUAUCUCCACAACAUCUCCACAACAGCUCCACAUUAUCUCCACAACAUCUCCCCAACAGCUCCACAACAGCUCCACAUUAUCUCCACAACAUCUCCACAACAGCUCCACAUUAUCUCCACAACAUCUCCACAACAUCUCCCCAACAGCUCCACAUUAUCUCCACAACAUCUCCACAACAGCUCCACAACAGCUCCACAUUAUCUCCACAACAUCUCCACAACAGCUCCACAUUAUCUCCACAACAUCUCCACAACAGCUCCACAUUAUCUCCACAACAUCUCCACAACAGCUCCACAUUAUCUCCACAACAUCUCCACAACAUCUCCCCAACAGCUCCACAUUAUCUCCACAACAUCUCCACAACAGCUCCACAUUAUCUCCACAACAUCUCCACAACAGCUCCACAUUAUCUCCACAACAUCUACACAACAGCUCCCCAACAUCUCCACAACAGCUCCACAUUAUCUCCACAACAUCUCCACAACAGCUCCACAUUAUCUCCACAACAUCUCCACAACAUUUCCCCAACAGCUCCACAUUAUCUCCACAACAUCUCCACAACAGCUCCACAUUAUCUCCACAACAUCUCCACAACAUCUCCACAACAGCUCCACAUUAUCUCCACAACAUCUCCACAACAGCUCCACAUUAUCUCCACAACAUCUCCACAACAGCUCCACAUUAUCUCCACAACAUCUCCACAACAGCUCCACAUUAUCUCCACAACAUCUCCACAACAGCUCCACAUUAUCUCCACAACAUCUCCACAACAUCUCCACAACGCAAGAUAUGGAUCCUCGGGUUUUGAGAAAUCCAGGUCACCAGUCAACCAGUACAACUUCUCUGUCUUAUAAAAGUCAUUUUACAUUUUUAAAUCCAUCAAACACAAGAAUAUUCAUAACUUGUGUCUAA